GACCAAGAGUGCGAGCAGAGAGAAGAGAACAUGUCGUUCCUUCCUGGGUUCAUGAAGGAUGCCAUGAUGGGUAAGGGUGGUCAGGCUGGGAGUGGUCGUGGUCGUGGUCUUGGUGGUGCUGGCGGUGGCCUGAGGGAGUUGGAAGUGCUGCUGGCUAUGCUUGCUGAAGAUGGUGGCGGUGGUGGUGGUGGUGGUGACGGGCACGUUGGUACUGGUGACGGUGAAAAUGGCAGUAGUGGUGGACUGGUCGGGGAAGAGCUGGCCAAAGUCUAUUCUGAAGUCCAGAAACAUGUCUCCAUGGCGCCGGCGAGCAAAGCGGAGAUUGGCAUGAGAGUCAUUGAUCAUGCCAUGCAUACGCUUGCUUCUGCUCCGCUACAUGCUGAAGCUGCUCGAGCUGCUCUUGGCUUGCUCGCUGUCAUGGUCUCGCCCUCGGAUGGCGAGAGCAACCACGCGUUUAAUCACUCGCCGGCCGGCUUUAACGCCUCGCUGGUCGUCGACGAGGACGGCAACGUGGAAACGCUGCUUGGCCUGGUCGGCGCCGACGACUUUUACGUGCGCUUCUACGCUCUUCGCCUUCUCACCGCUCUGCUCAAGGUCAAGACUGGCGUGGUUCAGGGCAAGGUUCUCAUGGCUCCGCAUGGGAUUGCCAAGAUCAUGGACACGCUCGACGAGUCGCGCGAGAUGCUGCGCAACGAGGGCCUGCUUCUCCUUCUCGAGCUGACUCAUGGCAACCAGGAGGUGCAAAAGGUGAUCGCCUUUGAGUCUGCUUUCCAGCGUCUCUUCACCAUCAUCGGCAACGAGGGCUACGCCGACGGGAACAUUGUCGUCGCCGACGCACUCGCCGUCCUCCGCAACCUGCUCGACGGCAACGCCUCCAACCAGCUGUUCUUCCGCGAGACUUCGUGCUUUGAGUAUCUUGUCCCGCUGCUGCAGGUCGAUCCUGACGAGCUGCGUGGGCUCUCCGACGGUGCCUGCACAAACUAUGUCCUCGGCCUUGAUCUGCUCUCUAUCUUGGUGAGUGGCUCGUCGCCGGCUGCCCGGGCCAACCAGGCUGCCGCUGGCCAGCUCGGAUUCUUGAAGCUCGCUUGGAAUCUGUCAGCCGAGCGGGUCCGCGCCCCCAGCCUCCGCGCCCGCGCGCUCCGUACUGUCGGGGACAUGCUCGCCGGCUCUGACGAGCACCAGCGGGCGUUCAUGACUCUCGGUGUUCCGGCCGGCAACUUUUCCCGGCACGCCGACCCAGCAGUGUGGAAGACUUCCUCGCUCGCCCACCUCAUCACCGUUGUUCUCAACGCCGCCGCGUACGAGGAGCGCGCCUCAGCCGCCUGCGCCGUCAUCUCGUUUCUUGAGGGCAACGCCGAGGGCCAGAUGGCGCUGGCGUCGACACUGGCGCCUUCGCCGGAGGAGCUGGAAGGCGGGGCCAACUCGCCGGUCGGUGUUGGCUCGGUUGGCCGCCUCCUUGUUGCCUCGCUGCUCGCCGGCGACGCAGCCGGCGGUGGGUCCGGAUCUGGCGCUGGCGCAGACGCUGGUCUCACGCACGGUGGCAACUUGCUGGAGGAGGUCUCGCUGGCGCUUGGCGGGCAGAUGCCGGUCAUGCCUGGAUCCCACUCGGGCGGCCCGUCGUUCGCGCCCUGGUUCGCGGCGGUGGUCCUUUCACACAUGUUCUACAACAACGCCGAGUGCAAGCAGCUCGUCCUCCAUCUCCCGCUCGAGAUGCCGGCCGCUGCCGCCGAGCCCGUCCACCUCCUGGACCUUGUUGUUGAUGCCGUCCUGAGCUCCAUCCACGACCCGAGUGAGGAGCCCGACGUCGUGCGCCCGCAAGCUGCCCUCCUCUCGCUCCUCAAUGUGUGGUCGUCGUCGUCGCCGGCGACACUCGAGGCCCUGGUCCAGCACGCCACCCUGGUGCCUGCACUCGUCGAGACCGUCAUUCUCACCUCGGGCCCGCUACUGCGACGCGCGCUCUGCGCGCUCCUCCUCGGCCAGUUUGUUCUCCACGGUCCUGCCUCCAGCGCGGGCGAGGACUCGCACGCGCUCGACGCCGGUGCCAUCGUCGUUCUCCUCCGCAACCGCAUUGGCGUCGAGGCCUACUUUGGCGUUCUAGAUGAGCUUCUCAACUCGGUUCAGCUCAAGGCCACCGAGCAGGCCCGAGUCCCGGUCAUGCACAGCGCUGACGCCGACGACGUCCACAAGCUGGUCUUCUUCGACUACGCCUUUGCUCGCUUCUGCAAGUCGACGGUUACUGCCCUCGAUGCGGCCCUCGUCUCGGGCCGCCCAUCCGCCGCCGCUGCUGGUCCGCACCCGGACACACGCGCGCUGGCGCAGGCCAAGCACCAGCUCGCCUCGCUGCGGUCGGCCAACGCAUCGCUCAAGAACGACAACGCCAAGCUCGAGGCGCGGGUCGCCGAGCUCGAAGCUACUGCCGCCGCCGCGCCGCCGCCGGUCGCGCCUCCGGCUGUCCCGCCUGCCAUGCUGGAGUCUCUCGAGCGCGAAAACCUCGAGCUCCGCGAGCAGGUCCAUGAGCUCAAGUCGCAGGCGAUGGCCGCCAAGACCGGAAUUCCGCAGGUUGAUCCGCGCGAGCUUGAGCGACUUCGCGCCGAGAACGCCUCACUCCGUCGCGAGAUCCAGGACGUGUCAUCGGCAUCGGCAGCGUCGACGCCGACCGGUGAUGCCUCACGACUCGCGGCUGAGCUGCAGGAGGCUCAGAGCCAAGCGGCACAGCUUGCCGACGAGCAUGCCGACCUCAACACCCAGCACGAGGAGCUCCUUGUCUUCCUUGGUGAGAUGGAGAUGCAGAUUACGGCCUUCAAGGCUCUUCUCGACGACAACGGCAUCGAUUACGCCCAUCUUCUCCCCGCUGAUGAUGACGAGUAUGAGUAUGACGACGAAGAAGACGAUGAUGAGGAAGGCAGUCUUCAAUGAACCCCCCCCCCC